CAGGUGUGUUUGACGUGCAGAUCGACUGCACCAGCCAGCAUCGGAAAAUUGACCCCCGAAAGACACAACACAAACAGAAAAAACUGGAAUAGCCUGUUUAUAAUCGGCUCAUGUAAUCAGAAAGAAGAUGUCGAACUGGGGGUUUCUGGAGAACGUCCUGAGUGGGGUGAACAAGUACUCCACAGUCAUCGGGCGCAUCUGGCUCUCCAUCGUCUUCAUCUUCCGCAUCCUGGUGUACGUGGCGGCUGCUGAGCAGGUCUGGAAGGACGAGCACAAUGACUUUGUCUGCAACACCCAGCAGCCUGGCUGUGAGAACGUGUGCUUCGACCACUUCUUCCCCAUCUCCCAGAUCCGCCUGUGGGCCCUCCAGCUCAUCAUGGUGUCCACUCCCUCCCUAUUGGUGGCUCUACAUGUGGCCUACCGUGAGAACAGGGAGAGCAGGUAUGGCAAGAAGCUGUAUGAAGACAAAGGUAGGAUUGACGGAGGCCUGCUCUGCACCUAUAUCCUCAGCCUCGUCUUCAAGACUACCUUCGAGGUUGGCUCCCUCCUGGCCUUCUACUUCCUUUACAGUGGCUUUGACGUUCCCAGACUGCUUCGCUGCACCCUGGACCCUUGCCCUAACACUGUGGACUGCUACAUCUCCAAAGCCACUGAGAAGAUGGUCUUCCUCUACAUCAUGGGCUGCACGUCCAUAUUGUGUAUUGUGCUGAAUGUCUCAGAGAUGGUAUACAUCCUAUCUAAACAGUGCUGGAAGUGUUUUAGCAAGCGGUAUAUCCCUAUUGAAGAGAGAGCCCACUGGCAUUGUCAUCACACUGUCCCAAUCAGCAACAGUACCUCAACCCUUCAUCCCACACCUAACAAAGAUAUAAUUUGCUCACAAGAUCCAGCUACAAAGGGAAACCAACUCAUCCCCUCUUAAAUUGCAUUCAAUUACCUAAUAAUUUAUUGUGAUCAGAAUUCAGGGCUUCUUUUAACUUAAAUGAUUUCAGAAACUCUAUGUAAAACUUGGAGUUAUUCACCUUUAACCUUUUAACAGAUAUUGUUACUUUUAGUAUUAGGGUCGUAUUUAAGGCCUUUAUGUCUCAAAAGUGUGAUAAUCGAAUCUAGUAUAAUUUAUUUGAAAACCACCUUAGGUAUUAUGAUUCAUUACCCAACAAUCUAAAAUGGUAGGCCCUAUAGGCUAAUAGAAAAUAAACAUGUAGGCUAUUUGGAUAGUGCUGCUCGUCUGCAAUCGACUAUCCAAAUAAUCUAUCGGGAAAGGCUAAAUAAUAGAUGUGGCCUCUCUGACAGGUGUUGGACGUGCAAAUCGACUGCAGGAGGGUCGUUUCACGAAAUGAGUGCUCUUUGCAUCCCUUUGAUAUUUUAUGUAUAAAUUGUGCACAAAUAUUGACAUUUAAAAGCUUGUUAUAUCAAAUUUAGUGCCCUUUAGUAUAGACCAUAUGGAAAAUUUAAUACAUUUGAUUUUUAAUACGAAUAAAGACUUCUGCAUUUUGACAUGUCCCUCUGCAACUUCUAAUUAGAUUAACCCACUUAACCCCAACAUUUCUCAAAUAUUUCACCAUCAUUGUAAAGCCCUAGGUAAUGCAUUACUUUUACAGUCACUUCUGACUUUGGUAUUAUGAUUAAUGCAGAAUAAAAAAAAUUCAAGCUUUA